AUGCCAAAGCGCAAGACUUUUUCUCCGGUGGGGGCGCAGCCAUCAUCUCCCUCUUGGCAUCCCGCGGGGGAAAACUCCCUUUGGUGGCGGCACUAUGGCGCAGCUUCGAACCAGUUGUAUAGCCAGUGUGAGGCUAAGAAGGGCGCAGCAGCGAGGGCCGAUUGCUGUCACUUGUACAACUUGCAUGCCUCUCAAGCCGUCUUUCACUUACCGACUUGUUGCAGAGUCGGUGGCCCCGUCCCCGCUGAUGGUGAAGGCGCAGAGGCCCGCGAGAAGUGCCAGUGCAGCCGCGUCGCCAUUUUUGAUCUUGACGGCACCCUCAUAACAACUCGCAGCGGCAAAAAGUUUCCCACUGGCGCUCAAGAUUGGAAGCUCCUCUUCGACCCGCACGUGCGGGCGAAGCUGCAGCGGCUGCACGAGCUCGGCUAUUCCAUUUUUAUUCUGUCGAACCAACUCGGCGUGGCCCUUGGCCACGUGUCACUCGAAGAGAUUACCGAAAAAGUUGACGGAGUCCAGCGAGCGCUGGCGGUGCCUCUGACUGCCUGUCUUUGCUGCUGCGACGACCUCUACAGGAAGCCUCGGCCCACGGCCGGGGCCUUUAUUUUCAAAGACUUGCUUCCCCUGCUGCAGCAGCAGCAACAGCAGCAGCAGCAGCAGCAGCAGGCUGCCGUUGCGCCCUCAGCAGCAGCCAGCGUGGACUGCAAGUUCCCGCGCGUGUUCUACGUCGGCGACGCCGCGGGGCGGCCGGGCGACCACAGCGCUGCGGAUUUGAAGUUCGCGUUAAAUGCUGGAAUUCGUUUUUUCACUCCUGAGGAGUUCUUCACUGAAAAGGCGACGCCGCUGCUGCCGCUGCUGCGCCGCAGAGUAAAUGGAGAGCCGAGCGGGGGCGAGGCGGCUGCGGGAAAGCAGCAGCUUCUGACGGGCAGCGACGGAAAACUUGGAAGUGUGGCGAAACGGAAAGCAAGCGAAGUUGCUGCUGCGGCCUUUGACCCAAUGGAGCUGCUGAAAGGCCAAGUCCAGCCUCAUAAGAAACGCGCCACCGAGACAGAACCAUGCAGUGAGGGGAAGCCCCCUGUGCAGGAGCUCGUCAUCCUUAUUGGGGCCCCGGGCAGCGGCAAAAGCACUCUCAUAGAGAAGCUGUUUCCACAGCACGGCGUUGUGCGCCAGGACGAUCUGAAGUCGAAGGCGAAGUGCGAAGAGCUCUGCGCGAGGCUUCUUCGGGAGGGAAAAAGUGUGGUGAUCGACCGGCAGAACACCACCAAAGAAGAUCGCCAGGUGUUCAUACAGCUGGCGAAGCAACACGCCCCGGGCUGCGCCGUGCGGGGCGUGGCUCUGCUGUGGCCGAAGGAAGUUUGCCUCCACCUGGGGCAAUUCCGCAGCCUUGCGGCCGCGCUUAGGGCGCAAGCCGCUGCAGGCGCUGCUGCAGUAACAGGGCAGUCUCCAUCUCGCUUUCGGCUCGCGAAGGUGCCGAAAGUUGUCGUGAAUUCGUUCUAUGCGAAGGUGGAGCCGCCGACAACGGAGGAGGGUUUUGGGUCAGUUGAAAUAUUCGAAGACGUGGCCACGGAUUUUCUCCUGCAUAACGAUUUCAUCUCAGAUGAAGAGAGACAUAUAUUUGGAUCCUUCUUAGACUGA